UUCAUGCCAAACUACACCACACCCGAGAAUCUCUCCAUUCACCGAACCCCACCACCCCUCCCCCUUCUCCUUCUCCUCUUGUAUCCAGCUGACACUCUCUGCUCUCCUUCCUCUAAAGCUCUACAAUGGCGAGUGCAGUCCCAAAUCUUCCUUCUUCCAUGUUCUCUCUCAUGCAUCAUCAUCGUCUUCUGCUUCUUCUUUCCCUUCUUCUCAUCGCCGCUUCUGUUGGUAGCGUUCAUGGCCUUGAGGAGAAGAUAGUAACUCUGCAUCAGCUGCAAUGGGGAGACAAGAGCUCUUCUCGAAUUAGUUCCCCACAGAGAUCAAGAAAAGAGAAGGGUGCAAUAGUGCUAGAAAUAAGGCACCAUUCUCACUACUCGGGGCCUAUCAAGAACUACAAUGAUUACCUCAAGAAGCUCCUAGUUUCAGAUGAAGCUCGGGUCUCAUCUCUGCAGUCACAAAUCAGUAAUGCCGUCCCCAGCAAUGUUUACAAAGACUCACUGCAAGCCCAAAUCCCUUUGACCUCUGGAGCCAAGCUCCAGACUUUAAACUACAUUGUGACCAUUGGGCUGGGGAGCAAGAACAUGACAGUGAUCGUCGAUACCGGUAGCGAUCUCACCUGGGUCCAAUGCAAGCCUUGCUUCGACUGCUACAAUCAAGAAGACCCUCUCUUCGACCCUUCGACUUCCUCUUCCUACCAAGCUAUCCCCUGCAAGUCAACAACCUGUGACUCCUUGCGAGCAGCCACUGGUAGCACAGGCGUUUGUGGUUCCAAUCGGUCAGGCUGCAACUAUGCACUUAGUUAUGGAGAUGGUUCCUACACUCGUGGUGUUCUAAGCCGGGAAAGGAUCGAUCUCGGUGGCACUACCAUGGACAGCUUUAUAUUUGGCUGUGGCCAAAGCAACCGGGGGCUCUUCGGUGGAACUUCAGGCCUAAUGGGGCUGGGAAGGACUCAACUUUCUUUGAUAUCUCAAACUCAUGAUCAAUUUGGAGGAAUCUUCUCAUAUUGCUUGCCUACAAGGUUAUACAAUUCAUCAGGUUCCCUAGUACUUGGUGGCGAUCCUUCGGUUUAUAGGAAUUCCACUCCAAUUUCAUACACUAGAAUGAUCUUAGAUCCUCAGCAGGCACCAUUUUAUUUCCUCAAUCUCACUGGAGUGCAAGUUGGAGGGGUGGCUCUUCAGGCUUCUGGGUUUUCUAAUGGCAAAAUUCUUAUAGAUUCAGGAACGGUGAUCACACGGCUCGUGCCUUCAGUGUACAAUGCUUUAAAGAGUGAAUUUGUGAGACAGUUCUCAGGCUACCCUUCGGCACCAGGCUUUUCGAUACUGGACACCUGCUUCAAUUUGUCUAGCUAUGAGGAGGUGAGGGUACCAACAUUGAGAUUGGAAUUUGAGGGUGGUGUGGAGUUGAAUGUGGAUGUCAGUGGGAUCUUUUACUUUGUUAAGAAAGAUGCUUCUCAGGUGUGCCUGGCAAUUGCGAGCCUUACGUAUGAAGAUCAAGUUGGAAUCAUUGGAAACUAUCAGCAGAAGAAUCACAGGGUUGUCUAUGAUACUGUGGGUUCUGAACUGGGAUUUGGAGAGGAGAUUUGUAGUUAUAGUUGAAAAAUUACAGAGAGAAUUAUGUGUUGAAUAUCUAAAAAACAACUACAUGGUAUUCUGAUUGUGGCUGGGUUACUGUCAAUCUCUUUCUUAAGCUUGAUCCUUUUUAGUUACAAGCAUUUUAGAUAAGGAAGAACUGCAGAGUAAUUGGAUGUAUUGUUAGUGAUUUCUAAAAUUAUGUAUCAUGGUUUAUAUAUUCAAAAAAAUUGUUAAACUAGUUCAUUGUGAGAUGUCAUAUU